GUGUGUCAAUGGUGGUUUUGGUGAAAGAUGAUGAGAAGAAAGACUUCUGGAUAUUCUUAAAGCCAUUGAGUUUGGAUCUUUGGUUAACAACUGGCUUAGUCUUCAUUUUAACAGGUUUGGUUAUAUGGGUUCUUGAGCAUCGUAUAAACACCGAAUUCAGAGGACCUCUAGAGCAUCAACUUGGCACAAUAUUUUGGUUCUCCUUCUCCACACUCGUCUUUGCUCACAGAGAAAAGGUGGUGAACAAUUUGUCAAAAUUUGUGUUGAUUAUAUGGAUUUUUGUGGUACUCAUCUUGACACAAAGUUACACUGCAGGUUUAGCUUCAAUGUUAACAGUGAAGCAGCUGCGGCCUUUGUUUGAUGAUGUGCAAGAGAUCAGAAAACAUGGCUACUUUGUAGGAUACCAGAAUAAUUCUUUUGUGAAAGAUCUCUUAAUGAAUCAACUGAGAUUUAAUGAAGAAAAAUUGAGGCCUUAUAACACCCCAGAAGAGUAUAAUGUAGCAUUGUCUAAAGGAGAGGUGGCUGCAAUUUUUGAUGGAAUCCCAUACAUAAAGCUCUUCCUUAAUAAGUACUGCUCCAACUUCAUGAUGAUCGGACCUAUCUACAGAACUGACGGAUUGGGCUUUGUAAGAUUCUUUAUUCAUGUUAUAACAUUCAAACAUUCAAUUGUGUAUAAGCUUGGCCUUAAUUUGUAUCCUUGCUUCAUAAGAUAUAUAUACAUGGCCUUUCAACAAGGUUCCCCACUGGUUCCUUACAUGUCAAGGGCAAUUUUGAAGGUGACUAAAGACAAAGAUAAAAUGGAAGCAAUUGAGAGAAAGACUUUUCGCAGCAAACCAACUUGUGAAGAUAAAAGCGUGACAAUUUCUUCGGGUAGCAGUCUCAGUGUCUACAGCUUCGGGGAGCUCUUUAUAAUCACAGGAGUUGCUUCCAUUUCUGCACUCUUGUUGCAUCUCUUCAACUUCAUUCGUUCACACUGGCCUGUCUUGAAUGACCACCAUCUUCACUCUGAACGAUCCUUCCUGGCGAAAAUCGUUGAUUUGAUAAAGCAUUUUGACAAAAAAGAUCACUUUUCAUACCAUUUCAAUAGAAGUGAAUUAAGAGUAUAUCCUACACAAAAUCUAGAAGCCAAUGUUGUAGCUUCAGUUCCUAAUCAUAUUGCUGAUAUGCAGAACCAUUCAAGGACUUCUUCCGAAGGAGGAAAGGAUAAUGAUACAUCUAUUGAUACACUACACGCAUCUUAG